AUGUUUCUCUACCAACUGCUCAACUUUUUCUUCGUCGCUUCCAAAAAGCAAGAGGAGGAAGACUCCAAACAUGACCUUUCUCUGUACAAACGCGGUGAUUUACUAGAAGUCCCCAGGACAUUAUUCACACAUUUUGGCAUCUACUUGGGAGACAACCGGGUAGCUCAUCUCAUCCCGGACUUCCUUCCUGUGAUUUCGAAGAAUAAAUCUGCAAUUGCCAAGAUGGUGACCAAUAACCGCCUACUGCUGGGGGUGAUCACGAAGGUUGCCAGUGUCAGGGUGGAUUCUUUGGCUGAUUUUGCGUAUGGCUCAGAGAUUCUAAUCAACCACAUGGACAAAAUUUGCAGCCAGCCUCCUCUGGACGGGGACGAGGUGGCCAGAAGGGCUGAGAAACUCCUGGGCUCCGUCACUUACAGCUUACUGUGGUACAACUGUGAACACUACGUGAUGUACUGCAGAUAUGGCAUGGCCAUCAGCUACCAGACCUACCAGUUCUGCACAACAGUACGGAAGAUAGUUUGCAGCAGGAUGAGUGCCUAUCUGACGGCGCUGUGCGGUGUAGGGAUCACGCUGUAUCUGGGCUGUGUGACACCAGUGACAGUUUUACUGACCCUGCUGAUCUCAUUUACUAUCUGGAUGGCAGCCUGAUGGCCUCUGGUGAGACGGCUCAUGAGAAAAAAGACUGAUUUAACACAGUGGAGGAAGCUGGAAACUGAAAUGAAGGCCUGUGGUUUAGCUAUGUGACUUAAGGCAUUGGGAAAAAAUGUGUUCACAAUGAUGAAAAUGUCAAGAUUUAACUUUUACCUUCUUUGGGCAAAUGUUGAUUUUUUUUUUUAGAUAUACACUACCG